AACGACAAUAUGCCGCCAUUCCACAUAAAGUUGCUUAAACAUCUUUUACUGCUUCAGCAAAACCCCUGCUCCCAUCUAAAUCCGUCUAUGAUGUUAUAUGAGACUAAUCGAUUUAAUGCAGAUUGAAAAGGUUACUUUGCUAUAUGAGUCUAUAUAAAUCCUACGACCUCUGUGAGAUGGUCAGUCUGUACCACAGGGUCAUGAUCUGAACAAAUCUAGUAGGUAACAAUUGCAUGUGUUACACACGGGUGCCGUAUUUGAAAAAGAAGGGGUUUUGCAUGUAAACGUUUGACUCAAAGCGUGUGGCCAGUUUGAACAACAACAACAGGAACAUGAAUAAACGAAUUUUAUUAGACUACAUGAUGCUGAGUAAUUAAUACUUAGCCAUCAUGAUAAUAGUUUCGAAGAACACUUUUAGGGUUUUUAUUAUAUACAUAAUUUGAAAGGAAAACAAGUAACCCACGGUGAGAUGCAGGUUUGAACCAUUUGGGUUUUAAUUAACGUGGUUUUGUGUUACAAACCUCAUACCAAACCUCUGCAUGGGACUCGCGGUUUCAAAAGAGAAGAUUUUUUAAGUAAUUUUGCCAUCGAAAUGUAUAUAAACCAUGUUAUUUUGGGGGCGUGGCCAGUUUUGAUUCCGGUGACAUAAUUUGAACAAAAAUUGUACAGGAGCACUUCAGUUUGACAGAAUAUUACACAAUAUAAUUAAAAAGCAAACAACUUACCUCCAGACCAGAGCGGACCCAUUUUGACCCCAGUAGCAUGAUCGGAACAAAAUUAGUAGAUAUGACCACAAUAGGGUGUUUAAUACCAAACCUCAGUGAAUUAUGUUUUCGGGAAAGUUUUCAAUAGGUUUAUGUAUUUACAUAUAAGAAUACCAGCCCCAUCCUUUUGCAACAAUGUUUAUCGACGUAUGAAAAUAUAUGUUAAAUAGCCUUGGAAGAAGAUUACCCGGCCGUAUAACACUGUACCCCAUUAUUUUCAUAUCGAGAUAUUGGUUCCCAACGAUAUAUUUUUUUAUCCAAGGCAACCAGAAAUCCAAAUAAAAUGUAACUCUUCAAACAAAUUCGUUGAAAAUUCAUCAAAUUUGGAGAAGCGGUUUAUAAUUAGAACCCGUUCGAAAAAGUUGACUGACGGACAACGGACAUCACGGUAUCCCAAAAUCUCACAAUUAACAUGUAGGAUUUAAUUAUGUUAUGUUAAAUGCUGUAAUGAUUAUGAGCUGUGAACUAAGAAAUGUAACGACACAAAAUCAGGGCUGUAGCCGCCAAUGUUUUUUUUCAAAUUCUCCAGUAAAUAACACAAAAUAUCAAUAACAUAACCGAUCACUCAAAGUGACUAUUUAAAAGCAAUUAAUAGCGGAAAAGAACAAAACAACUGUUUUAAUUUUAAUUAGUAUCGUAAACUGAUAAAAUGUUCAUGUUUUGCCACAACCAGUUGUUAAUAAGUGACCGUUUCGUCUAGAAAUGUGGUCCAUUUCAUUGACCAGUAUGAUAAUGUCGUAAUGCAGUAGAUCCUCUAUUGUCCCCAAGACACAUCGGUUAAACAUAUAAUGGGUAAAAUGGUAAAUUUAAAACUGUUUAAGAUCUAGCUUUGAAUAAAUUAAUAGUUUUAUGUUUCCCUUAAAUCAAUAGACACAAUCAUUAUGUGAAGGCCAAUUGUAAUGCAUACAGUCUAUUAUUUUCAUCCGUCGUUACCACUAGCAACCAGGUGGGCGUUGUACGAAAACGAGGCUGAUAUUAUCGACAGGUGCGUGUGUAACAAGUUGUGGCUUGAAAUCAAUAUAUAAACACUUCCGAAAAGUGUAAACAAUGGCUGCAACCGGGCGAACGCAACAAGAAUUAAUCGCGAAAUCUAAAGAAAAGCUAAAGUCAGCUCAAGAUCCACUGGAAAUACUGAGGUUAAAAUGCUUAGCAAGAGGAGCUAAUGGUAUCAAAGGUCUUGGCAGAACAUUCAAAAUUAUGGACGAUGACGAGAAUAAAGCCUUAGACUUAAAAGAAUUCAAGAAAGGUAUCCAUGACUACGGGAUCCUCAUGGAAGACACGAUAAUCAAGCAGCUGUUUGAUAGUUUGGACAAAGAUGGCAGCGGCAGUUUGGACUUUGACGAGUUUCUGAAGGCACUCAGACCCCCGAUGUCAGACUCACGGAAGAAUCUGAUCAAUAUGGCGUUUAUGAAACUGGAUAGAUCAGGGGAUGGAAAUAUCACGGUGGAUGAUCUGAAGGGAGUUUAUAAUGUCAAAAAGCACCCGAAAUAUCUCAACGGUGAAUGGACAGAGGAACAGUGCCUGCGUGUCUUCCUGGAUUCCUUUGAUUCUAAUGAUAAAGAUGGAAAGGUCACAAAAGAUGAAUUUCUCAACUAUUAUUCCGGUGUCAGUGCAUCCAUCGAUAGUGAUGCAUAUUUUGACCUUAUGAUGAGAAAUGCUUGGAAAAUGUAGGCGCUUAUUAAGGGAUUGGGCAUGUUUUGAUUUGUCAACGAAUGGUAAGCAAAGACGAAUUUCUCAACUACUACAGCGGUGUUAGCGCUUCGAUCGACAGUGACGCCUACUUUGACCUGAUGAUGAGAAAUGCAUGGAAGUUAUAAUGCUAAAAACUAUUGCUCAUGAACCAUUUACUUUGUAUAAUUUGCGUUAGGUUUAACUGUUGUAGAUAUUUUUAUUUAUUAUCCCUGCCAAAUAUUUUUUCAGAGGUGAUAUAGUAGUUGGUCCUGUCCGUCUGUCCGUCCGUCUGUAUGCCGGCUGAAACUUUGUCCGGAGCAUAACUCCAAAUCUAUUCAAUGGAUUUACUUUAAACUUAGAAUAUAAACAGAUGGCAACUAGGAGAAGUGCAGUGACCAAGAACCAUAACUCUAUCUACCUUAGUUUUUGAAUUAUCUCCCCUUUUAUUUUACUUUAAAGUAAAUUUUUGUCCGGAGCAUAGCUCUAAUAUACUAAAGGGAUUUACUUGAAAAUUGAAAUAUAAGCAGAUGGCAACUAGGAGAAGUGCAGUGACCAAGAACCACAACUCUAUCUACCUUAGUUUUUGAAUUAUCUCCCAUUUUAUAUGAUUUUAAAGUAAAUUUUUGUCCGGAGCAUAACUCUAAAUCUACUGAAAGGGAUUUACUUGAAAUAUAAACAGAUGGCAACUAGGAGAAGUGCAGUGACCAAGAACCAAAACUCUAUCUACCUUAGUUUUUAAAUUAUCUCCCCUUUUUAUAAUUUUAAAGUACAUUUUUGUCCGGAGCAUAACUCUAAAUCUACUGAAGGGAUUUACUUGAAACUCGAAAUAUAAACAGAUGGCAACUAGGAGAAGUGCAGUGACCAAGAACCAUAACUCUAUCUACCUUAGUUUUUUUAAUUAUCUUCCCUUUUAUAUAAUUUUAAAGUAAAUUGUUGUCCGGAGCAUAACUCUAAAUCUACUGAAGGGAUUUACUUGAAACUUGAAAUAUAAAUAUAUGGCAACUAGGAGACGUGCAGUGACAAAGAACCAUAACUUUAUCUACCUUAGUUUUUUAAUUAUCUCCACUUUUAUAUAAUUUUAAAGUAAAUUUUGUUUGGAGCAUAACUCUAAAUGUACGAAAGGGAUUUACUUGAAACUUGAAAUAUAAACAUAUGGCAACUAGGAGAAGUGCAGUGACCAAGAACCAUAACUCUAUCUACCUUAGUUUUUGAAUUAUCUCCCCUUUUAUAUAAUUUUUAAGUAAAUUUUUGUCCGGAGCAUAACUCUAAAUCUACUGAUGGGAUUUACUUGAAACUUCAACAGAUUGCAUGUAGGAGAAGUGCAGUGACUAAGAACCAUAACUCUAUCUACCUUAGUGUUUGAAUUAUAUCCCUUUAUUUAAUUUCAAAGUAAAUUUUUGUUCGGAGCAUAAUGAAUUAUCUCCCUUUAUUUGUUUUUACAAAUAUUAUUCUACUCUCUAAAACAAAUGUUGUCAUACAAGCAAACACAUUUCAGCAGGGGAUUUGGCACUACUGUGACAAGCUCCUGUUUAAUUAUUUCAGUCUUGAUGAAGUCUCAUUAGAUGCCAAAUUAUGAAACGACUGAAAAACUAAUGUCAAACAAAAACUGAAUAUUCAGAUUAAGACUUGAGUCCUACCUCAGUUUGAUUUUUUGUGGGGAAGUUUUGUUAUGGUUUCACCACAGAACAGCAUUUACUGAUCUUAGUUUGCAUAAAAUAAAGUUAUCAAGAUUUUAAA